GACUUUUGGCCUCGAUAUAUCGAUUGUCCAUAUCCGGUCGUGGAUCCUUUCUGCCCUGUGGCCUGUGAACGACGCCUCAACCAAGCUCUUUUUGUGCCGUACCUCGCCUUUUUUUUUUCGGCUUGAACUCGACUUCAUCUGUGCCACCCCCUCUCUCCCUCACUCGGUGUCAUUCAUCCGUACCACACGUCGUCCUCGCUAAAGUAACGACGGGGUCGUGUGCAAUCCAAUGGAAUCGUCGCAGCCUGCCCCUAUUCGGCCCACCUCCACCAAUGUACCCCACUCGCACGCCCACACCCGGUCCCUUUCGCCCACGGGCGGCGACGGUCACGGCUUUGACAGCAUGCUAGACGAGGACGACAACGACGUCUUUUCCAACCCAGACACGGCCGAGCUCGAAUCGUCGAGGAGUGACGCUACGGGCGCCACGAGCCCUGCCCCCAACUCGCCGGGUCCGAGCAGCCCCUCGAGCCGGGCAGGAAUCGUCUACCACCCGUCGCACAACAUGGCCGCGACGACGGCAGCGACCAAUGUGCUCCCGCCGUCUUCAGACCACUUUGCGACGCUCAAGCAGACGAGCCAUGACUCGACCCAGACGAGGCAGGGUGCGCCCAUGCUUACUCUGGGCAGUCUUCCUCCUGCACGCUUCGAGCAGCCGGGACAGCCGCAGGGCCAGGCGCCAGUGCAGACGCCAAGAGCAACGACGACUACGACCACGGCCGCACCCAGGCCGCAGUUUGGCCGGACAGUCUCUGCAUCGGGCCUCCCGCAUCGCCUUGGCUCGCACACUGCUUCGACGAUGGCCCCCUCUUCGUCGCCUCGCAUCCAUGGCCACAGCGCCUCGCACAGCGCCUCUCAGGUCAGUCUCUCGCUCAGCGGCCAACUUCCCUCUGCGCACGGGCUGCCGUCGGACCCCAAGGAGGCCAUGACGAUGUCCAAGCUCUUUGCCCAUCCGCCGGCCCAGAGCCCAGCCGAGGAGCUGUCUGGUUUUCUCCUUGCUCCCCAAGGCGGCACCCACAUGCGCUCUUCUUUCUCGGCAGCUGGCUCCAGCUCCACGGCCACGACGCCCCUCGUCGGACAGCACGGCCACCAGUUCAGCAUGACUCCAUCCUCGUCGCGCUUCCUCUCGCGGACGCGACCGUCGUCGCCGGACCGCCUUGCUGUCACGUCCUCACCAUCCCGCUCUCGCAGCGUUGUGGGCGUCUCUGGCCUCCUCCCCGGGCUUCCAGGCUUCUCGCCACGGCCACCCACCGCCUCCGACGCAGACACGGCGAUGGAGACGGGAAGCAGCAUCUUUGAGCGCGACAUUGAGCAUCGCGACUCGCACCACGUCAUGAGCAAGCAGGAGGCCGUCGACGUCGCCAUUCCCAGUGUUCUUGACGACGCCGUCGAGGCCAUCACUUCCGACGAGGCCGAUCAGCUCGAGAUUGUCGCACCGCAUGCAUCGCCGCCACCGCUCGCGCUGAGUGCGCAGGCCCUGUCUGCGCAUAGCCAUGUUCAGGCCACCCAGGCCUCAUCGGCCAGCUCACCGAUCAGCUCGCCAUCGCCCCCGCUCUCGAGCGCAGGCGGCGUCGAACCACCACCGGGCUCCAUGGCAGCACAGAUUGCCGAGAGGCUCGCACCAAACAGUAGGACUACUACUACUACUGCUGCUGCUGCUGCUGCUGCCGCCGCCGCCGCCGCUGCCGGCGCUUCGAGCAAUGACGAGCAGGCCGUGCACCGGAUCCACCACCGUCGGCCCAAUUCUGACGUCAGUAUUAGCUCGAGCUCCUCGAUGCGCUCCAGACCACAGCACUCGACGACGAUUGGCGUCCAGCAGGUCUUGGACCAGAGCCCUAGCCCGCCGAUGCAGCCCAAUCGCAUCGUGGGCACCUCGGUCUUCUCCUCGCCCUCCGCCGGUCUGACGGGCCACGCUCACACCAAGUCGACGUCCUCUUCGGUGGGACCUGGAGCGGCGCCCAAGUCAGGCUCAGGCUCCCACACCAACCUGGCCAGCCUCGGCGCUACUUCUGGCGCACCUGUGAGCCACUUGCCCAAGGCAGUUCUCCCUACGGCGACGCAGCUGCCAUCGCUGCCCAUGCCCAAUCCGUUCCGACCCAGCUCGCCAGGCCUGGGGCCCCAGUCGAUGUUCGGAAACGACCCUGCUGGCGUCUCGGCUGUCCCAAGCCUGAGCAUGGACGGAGCGGUGAUGCCGAGCAGCGAGAGCGCAACCAAGGAUGCCAGUCUGGCUGGUCUGGCCGAUGCCAUUACAAGCCAACCGGCUAGCCGGACCGGCUCCUUUGCCGCGACGCACACAAAGGGACUUGGCCUCGAUGACGGUGUCGGCCUCCAGCACCUGACGGCCUCGAUUGCCGCCGCGUCCAUCAACGAGCCGAGUCCGUACGGGACGCGAAGCCCCAGGAGCCCCCAGAGCUCCAUGGCAGCCUCGCCCAAAUCGCCUGCGAGCCCCCUGAUCGAGCGCAAAAGUCGAGGCUCGAUCGCCCAGCACAGCUCGCUGUCACCUUCGUCGGCUACCAUGCCGUCGACGGCUGUGCCUGAAGCUGCUUACGACACGAGCAGCGUGAACGCCAGUCCUAGCCUGAGCAAGAAGAGGCUCAGCUUCUUCAGCUACGCUGACAUCAUUAACAAAACGCCUGCCGAGGUCAUCGACUUUGACGCAGCCACUCGCGGUGCUGGUGCUCCACACCAUGCCGCUGCAGCUGUCCCCAUCGCGACAGAGUCGGCUGGCAGUGCAUCAAUCAUGGCUCGAAGCCAGAGCGCGGGACCGCGCAGCCAAUAAAUCGCACAACACAUACAAACGGGUAUCUCUUGUAGCAACGGGUCAUCAUCAUCUCUUCUCACCUUGUUCCAUCUUCUCUGCUCUGCUUUCCUCCACCCCUCCAUUUCUUCGAUUGGGUCAUCAUUCACUUUAAAGACAUAUAGCUAGUCAUGGAUCUCUCUCUCUCUUUUGUCUUUCGCGGUCUCUCAAGAACAAUUUCUUUUACAAUGGCUUCCCUCGCUUCACGGUAGAAUACCUACUCGCUGUCUUAUAUAUUUCUUGUCUGUCUUUUCCUUUCCUCACUGACACCUAAUUUCAUUGUCAUUGUUCCUUU